CCGCCACAGUAAAAGAUGAUAGUAUUGAAGCGAAAAAAGAAUUUAGGUUUAUAUCGUUGCUUCAAGUGGAUAUAUAUGAUCUUAUACUAUACUGGCUGUCUUUGCUUUCAACUACGUGGUGAAUCAUUUCAAUUAACAAAGGCCAACAUUAUUUACACCAAUUUUAUACAAAUAUCUUUAAUAUUUGGAUUUCUCGGUAGCGUACUACUGAAAUACAUGGAUAAUGAAAGCUUUAAUGCCAUGUUCAACCGCUUAUCACCAGUUUUCAAAUUCAUACUCGCACUGGAAUGCUUCGUCAGUGCGAUGACGUAUAUUGCUGUCUGCAUAAAAAUGAAAAUAAACAGAUACAAACAUUUGAAAUUGCUCCGAGAAUUCAAGGAACUGGACGCACAAAUGCAAAUCGAUUUUCACUAUAUCGAAUGGAAUUAUCAUAAAACAAUGCGUAAAUUUACAAUAUUUACCCUAACUGGCAUGACUUACUAUUUUACUAUUUCCUUUAUUUAUCUGUUUAAAUUGUCGAAUUGCAAUUGUGAUUAUGUAGCAACAUUUGUGUUUGCUCUGUGCUAUGCUAGCAUUACUCUUGCACCAAGUUGUAUAUUUUUUCUGCAUUUGGGCAAGAUGGACCUGCUACGCAUACGUUACCGUCUAAUAAAACGACUUUUGAAGCAGCAAUAUGCGUUAGCAGUGGAUUUGAAGCAUCAACAUAAAUUUGAAAUGUGCAUUUCGCGCCUAAUCGAUUAUUGUAAAAGCUAUAUUCAAUUGAUUUUACAAGUAAACGACGUGUUUGGUGUCGUGAGCGGAUUUAGUUUGUUCCAUGAUUUCGCUAUGCUUACAAACAUGACAUUUCUGAUGUGUCAAAAGGCAACGGAAACAAAAACAACUGUCAAAGAAUAUAUAUUCAUAUUCCUAUUUAUGUUGCCGCGAAUUUAUAAGAUAAUCAUAUACGCGGUAUAUGGAUAUGUAACGCAGAGGGAACGACGGGAUUGCACCCAUGAGGUCAGAAUGUGUGAGCGAUAUUUAACGUGCUCUAAAGCGACUCGCAGUAAGUUGGAAGCAUUCCUGCACUGGCAAAUGCAGAACACAUAUUCGUUUUUGGUUGGGAAAGUGACGACUUGUAACCUUUUUUUGCUUUAUGCGACCGUUAAUAACAUAGCGAGCAGCGUUCUCAUCUUAAUACAGUUACAGUUCCAACAAAACAGCAUUACCAAUCGUAUGAAAAAGCAACCAAUGCUAAAAGAUGUAGAAUUUAUAUAACGGAAAUCAUGAAUUUAUUAA